AUGUCCCAAAGUGGCGCCAUAGUGCUGGCAGUUACCGUGGGCCUGUGCAACUGUGUGGUGUUGGACUUAGGUCGCAACAAUCGUAUAGAGGUCAACCUCCCCUGGCUACCUUUUGAAGGAGAGACUCGCUGCUAUGACGAGCUCGGUUGUCUCAACAUCACUCGGGACUGGUACCACCUCAUUUACCGACCUCUCAAUGUCUUCCCGCUGCCGAGAGAAGUCAUCGACACCAGAUUUGUCCUCUACACGCGCAAGAACCCGUUGGAAGGCCAGACUCUGCGAGCCAAUGCAGACAAGACAAUCCAGAAGUCCAAUUUUGACGCUAAGAAACAGACUAAGUUCAUCGUCCACGGAUUUAUUGACACACCUCUUAGCAGCUGGGUGAAGGAGAUGAGACGAGAGCUACUGAAGCAUUCUGACUGGAACGUGAUCGUAGUAGACUGGGCCGGAGGUUCCUUGCCUCUUUACACACAGGCUACGGCCAACACCAGACUGGUGGGGUUGGAAAUCGCUCACUUCAUCAACCACCUCAAGGACAAGUACGGGUUGAAGCCGAAGGAGGUACACAUCAUAGGUCACAGUCUCGGGGCACACACAGCGGGCUAUGCUGGUGAGAGGGUGGCCGGACUGGGCCGUAUCACUGGUCUGGACCCAGCUGAGCCUUACUUCCAGGGAAUGCCUGCUCAGGUGCGACUCGAUCCUAGCGACGCUCAGCUCGUCGAUGUCAUCCACACUGACGGCUCAUCGAUCUUCCUACUCGAAAGUUGGAUUCGCAACACUCAACGACCUCUACCUUCCGUCACUUUGCCGUCCAUCGGUUAUGGCAUGAGUGAGCCGUGUGGCCACGUAGACUUCUACCCUAACAACGGCAAGGAGCAGCCUGGCUGUGACCUCGGAGACACUCCGCCGUUGCCACUCACCGUCAUCAAAGAGGGAAUAGAGGAGGCGUCGCGGGUGCUGGUCGCGUGCAACCACAUCCGAGCAAUCAAACUGUUCACCGAGUCGAUCAACAGCCACUGUCCCUACGUCGCACAUCGCUGUCCUUCCUAUCAACAGUUCUUGCAGGGCCGAUGUUUCUCUUGUAAUGAAAACGCCACAGGAUGUGCAGUGAUGGGCCUCAAUGUACAGAAGCCCAACCACGCACCCGCAGGCUCAAAGUACUUUGUCAUGACGGGCAAGAAGGAGCCUUACUGUCGAUACCAUUACCGGGUGACGGUAGAUCUUGCCAAGCCACCCAAGGCAGAGUCGUGGGUCCAGGGGUAUAUGAAGGUGACGCUGCAUAGCGACAACAACAUCAUACGCAACCUCGAUCUCACUCCCAGCGGAUAUGAGAAGUUCCAACACGGGACUUCUCGUAGUUUUGUCGUGACGCAUGUAGACAACAUCGGGCCUGUACGCAAGGUUGAUCUGUAUUGGGAGUACGACAUGGACGUCCUGCAGCCGAGAUCCAUCUGCUUCCUCUGGUGCAACGACCACUUGUACGUCAGCACUGUCAAAGUCGAGGAAACCAAGGAUAUCAUGGCGAGAGACAAAAGAGCAACCGAAGUCAGCAGCAAGUUGUGUUCUACAGGACGAGAUUACGCAGAAAUUCCUUCAAGAGGAACGACAUUGUUCAUUGACCAGUGUGACCAACCGUUGACAGCAAAAGAUAAAGACAACUGAGAAAUACAAAGCCAACUGAAUGUCAUCAAAGUUCUUAGAGCAUGAAGAUAAGACAUUGUGCGGAUUGCCUUUGUAGCAAUCAAAUCUUCUCUAUGACAGAACUAAGAUUUCUUUAACCUACAAAUCUGAAGGUCAAAAAUAUGAUUCUCAUUUUUACUCUGUUGUCAUCUUACAUAAAUUGUGAUACUUUUGACAUUUUAAUUGACAACAGUGUUUGUGUGCAUCAUCA